AUGGUGAAAGUUGGAACGUUCUUCGCCAUGUCAUUUGGAGCAUUCCUUUUCUGGGAAACAAUGGACAAGGUCCAUGUCUGGAUCGCUCUUCACCAGGAUGAGAAGAAAGAGAGAAUGGAGAACGAAGCUGAGAUAAGGAGAAUGAAAGCAGAGCUAUAUAAGCAACAGAGAGAGAAGGAUGCUAGCGAAUUCCUUUUAUGUUUUGUAAAACUUGUGAUUGAUCAACACUGUGGUGUGAAACCAUUGAUCUUCGUUAUUCCAGACUUCUUCAUCUUGCUUGUUUCUAGAUUUCAAAUCAUUGUGAUAGCAAAGUUUUUUUUUCUCUCUCUCUCUCUCUCUAUUCUCAUUGCCUCAGUUUUCAGCCUCACAGUGAGCAUAGACUUCACAGAGAAGGACCUAAGCUCGGAUGAGAGCUUGUGGGACUUGUACCAAAGAUGGAGGAGUCACCACACCAUCUCCCGCGAUCUAGCUGAGAAACAGAGGCGAUUCAACGUGUUCAAGGACAAUGUGCACCACAUCCACACCGUGAACAAGAUGGACAAGCCUUACAAGCUGAGGCUCAACAAGUAUGCUGACAUGACCAACCACGAGUUCAGAGCCUCGUACACCUCGAAGAUCAGGCACCACCGGAUGCUGCACGGCGCCAGAGCCAGCACCGGGUUCAUGCAUGAGGAGGCCCGGGAUCUUCCCCUCUCGGUUGAUUGGAGGGCUCAUGGUGCUGUCACUGGAGUCAAGAAUCAAGGGAGCUGUGGGAGUUGUUGGUCUUUCUCAACUGUGGUGGGAGAUGAGGGCAUCAACAAGAUCAAAAGUGGGGAGUUGGUGUCUUUGUCUGAGCAAGAAUUGGUUGAUUGUGAGCAAGAUAAUGAAGGUUGUAAUGGAGGAUUGAUGGAACAUGCAUUUGAUUUCAUCAAGAAACAAGGUGGCCUAGCAACGGAGAGCUUCUAUCCCUAUAUAGCCAAUGAUGGGAAUUGUGAUGUAACCAAGAUGAAUGCACUGGCGGUUACUAUUGACGGCUACGAGAACGUGCCAGAAAACGAAGAGGAUGCGUUGAUGAAAGCCGUUGCAAAUCAACCUGUAUCUGUUGCUAUAGAUGCUGGUGGUUCUAAUUUCCAGUUUUACUCCGAGGUGCACUUAACAUUUCCAAAUUUUCUUCAAGGAGGCGUUUACUUUGAGUUAUAUGAUAGAUCAAUAAAAUAUAGUACUACUAUAUAUGAUAAGGGGCAGUUUGGUAGGGUAGAUAAUUCCUACAUAAAAGGGACACACUUUGUUAGAACUAUAAAGUCGAAUUUUCAGAUAAAUAAAACGUUUUCUUGUUUACGGGCGAAUGUGGCACGGAGCUGAACCAUGGGGUAGCGGUUGUUGGCUAUGGAUCCGCCCUGGAUGGAUGGAACUAAAUAUUGAAUAGUGAAGAACUCGUGGGGGCUGAGUGGGGCGAGCAAGGGUAUAUUAGGAUGCAACGUGGUGUUGAAGCAAAGGAAGGGUUGUGUGGAAUCGCGAUGGAUGCCUCGUAUCCUAUCAAGUUAUCGUCGGACAAUCCACAACCACCACCGUCGCCACCAAAGGAUGAGCUUUGAGGAUACUUAGGGAAAGUUGCAUUGUGCAUUAGUCGUCAUUCGAUGCUUGCUGUAUGGGGAAAUAUCUCAUAUACAGUAGACUACUUUAUUUCUUAGUACUGCGAAUAAAACCCCAUAUAUGAAUUGAUUAAGUUACAGAUUUAGCACGUUUAUUAAAUAGAACACAUGAUUAAAUAUUUUUAUAUUUUUACAAAUAAUAGAUAUAAGAAUAUUUAAUCAUGGGUUCUAUAUAAUAAACGUGCUAAAACCUAAAUAUUCUUAAAUGUA